UAACUUGCCAAAGAGGGAAAACCAAAUCCAAAUUGGACAAGCACUAUUUCACCUAUCUCACACUCUCUCUCUCUCUGCAAAACUAUAAAGCCUGACAAUCUAAUUCUUUACUUUAUCCACCAAACUCCUUUUCAAUCUUCUGUCUUUGAUCUCUCUAUUCUAGAUUUUUUGCCAAUUCUGUCGGUUUACUUCUCUUUUAGCAUUUUUGGUUUGCAACUGAAGAGGAUGAUAGAAUGCAGCGUCUGUCGCUCCAUAUUUUCUCCCACAAGCAAAGCCAUUUCCAGGGCUUACAAUAAGCACAGGAUUGCUGUUUCUUCCAAAUCUCGGGCACUUAACGUUCUUUUGGUUGUUGGUGAUUGCAUUUUGGUUGGUUUCCAGCCUAUAUUGGUUUACAUGUCUAAGGUGGAUGAUCAAUUCAAGUUUAGUCCUAUAAGCGUUAACUUCUUGACUGAGGCUGCUAAAGUUCUGUUUGCUAUUGUUAUGCUGCUCAUCCAGGCUCGGCACAGAAAGGUUGGGGAGAAACAUUUUCUCUCUUUUUCCAUCUUUGUACAGGCUGCUCGAAAUAACAUGCUUCUUGCUGUUCCAGCUUUCCUCUAUGCUAUUAAUAAUUAUUUGAAGUUUAUUAUGCAGCUAUACUUCAAUCCUGCAACAGUCAAGAUGCUAAGCAAUCUGAAGGUUUUAAUAAUUGCAGUUUUGUUGAAAAUCAUCAUGAAGCGACGAUUUUCUAUUAUUCAGUGGGAGGCUCUCGCUUUGUUGCUCAUUGGGAUCAGUGUGAAUCAGUUACGGUCUCUACCUGGCACUACUGCCAUGGGCCUUUCAGUUGCAACAGGGGCAUACAUAUAUACGUUAAUUUUUGUGACUGUUCCAUCACUAGCUUCGGUCUUCAACGAAUAUGCCCUGAAAAGUCAGUUUGAGACCAGCAUUUAUCUUCAGAAUCUCUUUCUGUAUGGGUAUGGGGCCAUAUUCAACUUCCUAGCCAUCUUAAUAACUGCCCUUUUUAAAGGCCCUAGUAGCUUGGAUAUCCUGCAAGGUCACUCAAAGGCUACCAUGCUUUUGAUAUGCAACAAUGCAGCACAAGGAAUUUUAUCUUCUUUCUUUUUCAAAUAUGCAGAUACAAUUUUGAAGAAGUACUCGUCAACUGUAGCCACAAUUUUUACAGGAAUAGCAUCUGCUGCACUUUUUGGUCAUACCCUGACUAUGAAUUUUAUCUUAGGAAUCUCUAUUGUCUUUAUCUCCAUGCACCAGUUCUUUUCACCACUUUCAAAGGUUAAGGAUGAACCAGUGAAAGGUGGUCUGGAGAUGAUGGAUGGUGAAAACAACCCGAGAUCCAAGGAUGCAUCCUACAUAAAUAUGACAGCAGGAGCAAACGAGGAUGCUAGUCAUCGAGUUCAACAUGAUGAAAAGGAGCCACUUCUUCCCAUCUAAAGUUUACUAUGGGGAGCAGUCCGUAUGUCCAUUUCUAGGCAGAUUUUACUGAUAGAGAAAAAAAAAGGGAAAUUUACUAUUUAGUGCCUAAGUUUUUAUAGCAAGUAAUAAUUUGAUCUCUGAAUUUUAGAAAUACACUUAGGUUCUUCCACCAAUUUUACUUGUAGUAUUUUAAACUAAAUUACUGUGAAGUCCCUUGAAUUGUAAUUAUUCACAGUUUGAUCUCAUAAUUGUAGCUAAUUAUAAAAUUGAGGGAUAAGAACUGUUAAUAAUAGCAUUAUCAAGGACUAAAUGGUAAAUUAAUUUUAAAAACUAAAUGCAACAUGGACGGAAAUAUCUGAAUGUAUGAUUGCAGCAAAAGCGUAGGAGUAAAUUGUCUAAUUUCCAAAAUAUAGGAAUCAAAUCGUUAUUGAUGAUAAUAUUUAGGAACUAAAUAGUAAAUUUCCCUUGAAAAAUCAGCAGAAGAGAUUCUUUAUUUCAUUUCGAUGUCAGUUCAGUGUCCAUGGGAGCCCACAACAAACAUUCGAGUAAGCCAUGUGCCAGACAUGCUUAGAGCAUUAGACGCCAUUGAGCACCUGGAUUCUGCAGGAAUAGAAAAGAAUUGAGAAUUUAUACAUAAAUAUAGCAAUUUUUGCAAGCUGUAUAUGCUAUGUUUAAAAAACUAUUCUUGUGAUGACUUCAUAUCUGUUAAACUCUUUCAGGAGUUUUGGUAGAGUAAAAUGUCUUGAAUCCCAUAUUGUGAAAAUGUUGAUGUAUAUUGCGGUCUCUGGAAAUCAUGGAUUAUUGUGGAGAACUAGCAAUCAAGAAUCCAACAAUUUCACUUGUGUUUCUCUUUCAUUUUCUUCAUGCCUGCAAAAUAGAUAAGGGAAAAUUACUAUGUGGUUCCUAAAUUUCAGCGAAAUUAAUUAAUUGGUUUUUAUAAUUCUUAGAGACAAUUAAAAUAUCCCCAUUAUGUUAAAAUACAACUAUUUGAUACUUCUGUUAAUAAUUUCUAAUAGAUUUUAUUAGUCUUUAAUAAAAAGUCAUAAAUACCCUUUUUAAUUGAGAAAUUUAACUAGGAUUAAGUAGUUAAAUCGAAAAUCAAAGGAAACCAAUCAAACCGAUAUAUAUCUAAUCUUAAAGAAACCUUAUCUCCACUCUUUCUCCCAUUUUCAAUCUCAUCUCUCUCACCCUCCUUCAGUUCUUCCCAAACGCAUCUGAAAUGCUUCUAGAGCAUCAGCUUUAUCUUCUCUAUCCUAUCCAGCUCAUUUAUUUUCGAUGUUGUCAGAUCCUCGAAAUAUCUUCAUCUGCGCUGUCAUUUUUGCAGUCUAGUUAAUGGUCGAUAGUUGAUGGCCGCUCUCUUCAACAAUGGCCGCCCCCUCCCUCAAUCUGAUGGACAGACAAUGGUUAUGUUUUUUUUGUUGUUUCAUAUAUCAAGAUUUUGGGUUUGUAAGGACUUGGGAUAUGGCGUUUCUUAGUGUGGUUGUUUGGGUUUACGGUGGGUUUAUGGAUAUGUUGUUUAUGGGGGUUAUGUAGGUUUAUGUAUUAACAAAUUAUUGUUUGAAUGAGAUUUAUCCCUGUUCACACAUCCACCCAUGACUCAUUCUCAGGGAUGAUAUGAGACUGAAACAAAACCCAAAACCAAAAGCUUGUUCCUCUUCAUUUGACCCCAGAUCUCUUCACCCAAUUUCUCUGUGGAAGGACUUGCCUCCUUUUCUUUCUUUCUUUCUUUUUUUUUUUUUCUUUUGGACUUUCGCUAGACACGUACAAUUAUGAGAACAUGCAGAGAGUGAGGACAUGAAGAUGCUGGUGAAGAAAUGGUGGGACAUACAACGAUGAGUCAUUGGACUACAAGAAACCUGCAGCAGACGGGGAUGCCGAGCCAGUGAACUUACAACCUUUCAUUGCAGCUCUUUCCGAAGCUGGUGCUCGUCAAUACGUCACAGUUCCAUCAAUUGCUUGAAGAGUUCAUAGGAGCUGUAUUUAAUUUAUUUAUAAAAUCUAAAGUUUAGUUUUUUUAGAUUAUUGUUUGAAUUGAUAAUGCAUAGUUUUCUGGGUUUGAUUUAAAUUUGGAUCAUUUUCUAUCUU